UGCUAAUAUGGCUAAGUGCUGCGUUAACCUAACAGUUUUCCAGGUUCCUCCGCUGCAGACUGACUUUUACUAUGAAAAUUCGCUGCAUGUGUGUUUUUUCCGCGCUAAAGCCACUUGGGCUGUAAAUCACAGUGGAUCUAAGACUCAGGAACUAAAACACACACAGGACAAUGUCCACUAAUGCAGGCACUGAAGACGCAGAGGAAGAUGAUGUGGAAUUUGUGUCUGAGGGUCCUCUUAGACCUGUCCUGGAGUGUAUCGACCUGCUGAGUGAUGGAGACGAUGAUGCAGGAGUUUGUACGAUUGAGGAACAGGUGAACAGACAGAAGGCCCAAGCAGCUUCAACUUUGGAUCGACUGGCUCGCCAGGUUGCCGUGGAGAAGAAGGAGCGGGCAGAAAAGUGCAAAGCGUUUAAGGAGAAGAUGAUCUCGCAGCAAGCUCACGGGCGUCGUGAGUUGGCAGUGACUCAAUGCAGCAACGAGGACAACAGUGAUGCCAAACGCUGCGUGGACAUCUGGCUGAAAAUGCCAGGACUAAAGCCUGGUAUCGUUAAUACUGGUAUGGGCUGGAGGCGCAGAUCUGCUCCCAAUCCCUUGUUAAGGUCCUCCCCUCAAACCUGCCCCGUCAUCAACUGUGGACGCGUAUAUGACAAUGUCCCUUUGCUCGAGGGUCACCUUAAAAGAUUUGACCACUCUCCCUGUGAUCCCACUAUCACGCUUAAGGGAAGCCCCGCGUCUGUGUACGCCUGUGUGGCCUGUGGGCGUCAUUUUGACACCAAAGAGCACUGGAGAAUGCAUCUGGACUCUGAGUUGUCCUCUUCUAAUGCAGCUGGUCAUGACAGCUCUCAAACCUGCCUGUUGAUUGUUUGCUUCGCUUGCCCCAUAUGUUUCCUCCUGUUUAACCUCAAAAACGAGUGUCUCCAGCACAUGGAAGCCAAAAACCACUCCGCUCAGUCUGGCUCUCUGCACGCGGCGAUGAAGUCAUCAGGGCCAAUUCCAGUUCCACAAUAUGCAAAGAACCGGCUAAUUGCUUUAUGUAAAGAUAUUGCAUUUAGAGUCAGAUGUACAGCUUGCUCAAAGGUGCUUAAUUCACACAUGGAAGCCAAGGCUCACUUCAAUGUGCUCUGCAGACAGGGCUGUGCUAUUGCACAAGCCGAUCAGAGUGUGGCUGAUGUCAUGAAGCAGCUGAGAGUUUUGAGCCAGUGCACUUCCUGCUUCAAAAUCUUCUUACGCCAAAGACAGAUAGAGGAACACAGAGAACAAACACAGCAUGAAGUAGAGAUGAUUAACAGCAUGGAGCGAGCACUUCUAGUCUACAGCAAUUACAGUGAAAUUCGACAUGGUCUCAAGGCUACCGCCAGUCACACCUCCAAACAUGCCAGUGCAACCAUAUCUUCGUCGCAUAGAGAUAAAAGAGACGAAAAUGACUGUAUUUUGUCUCCUGCCAAGCGGCAGAGACUCUCUAACUCAAGUCCUCAAGUGAUAUGUGAUGGACCUUCGAACCUCGCUUGGUUCUGUGAAUGUGGCCUGCACUUCCUGGAGGAGGAUCAAGCCAGCAAGCAUCUUCUAGCAGCCAACCAGAUCUUUCACAAAUGUGCCGUCUGCGGUAAGCUAAUGGGCGAGCCGUCCAUCGCUCGUCUGCACAUGAGCAGGUUCCAUGGCGGCGCUCAUCUGUCCAACUUCCUCUACCACUGCAGGCUGUGCAAAUUAGACAUGCCAAGGAUUGAGGACAUCCUCUCCCAUGUUGGUGGUUCCCAUCAAGGGCACACCUUCUAUGAAGAACGAGAAAGAUCGAAAGAGGAAAUCUCGUCUUGUCCUCCUCAGAAAUCGUCCACCAAAGCAGGCAAUAGGCCAGCUGUUUGCACUCCACACGAUAUCCAAAGCAAAGAACGGUGGCUGUGCCGAAUGUGUGAGGAAAUAUUCGACUCUGAAGCAGUGGCGCUAAAGCAUUGCAGCGAUGUGACCAGUCACAGCUUCCAGAAGUUCGCUUGUGGCCACUGUCCACAGAAGUUCUUCAAAGAGUCGACCCUUCGCAGACACUGUGCUAACGAGCACAAUAAUCAGCUGCUCCUUCGCUACUUCUGCGGACUCUGCGACAGCAUGAUGUAUGACUCCGAGCAGGAGUUCACUGAUCACUACGCCAGCCUGCACAGCAAGGAUUACUACCGCUUGGACAAACAAGAGGAUGGAUCUCUCUCAGUCCCAGAGAGUUCUGAAGAGGUACCAACAACAAGUAAAAGCCUUUCCCAACUCUGUCCAUGCAUGGGCUCUCAAAAAGAGAAAGGGGAAACCAAGGCCACCUUUACAAGGUGCAUGAAGCAGCUGGCCAUAGAAGGCAAAUGCAGAUACUUCUGUCACCAGUGCUCAGCAAAGACAUCCUCUUACGCUGAAAUGAAAACACACAUGCACUUAAAGCAUGAAGCUUUGGGCAAGGACAGGAGCUUUGACGUCAUCUGUGAGUCAUGUUCCAAGAGCCACAAGGACGUGCCCAGUUUCCAUGCACAUUACCACGCUCAUCACUGCUUACUGGAGCCAUGUGUGUCCUCUCGAUGUGGUGGAUCGAGCAAGGUGGACGAACCAUUCAUGAAGAUUCUGAAUGCAGAGGAAAUCUCUGCUGAAAAGAAUGCUGAGGAGUUUCAGGAUGUAAAGACAGCCAUUGCUUCAAGCACCAUCUCCAAAGCAAACCAGGAUGACUUUGAUGAGGAGAUUAAACUGGCUUUGGCUUUAAGUGCAGAAGAAGCGAAGAAGCCAACAUCAUUUGACCAGGGUGGGUCAAGCUUUGUGUGUCUAAAAAGAGAAAUGGAAGAAGCUCUCAAGAGAAGUCUGGUGGACUUUUGAUGAGGAGCUAUACACCCACACAUCAUUGAUCCUUUAUUUUCAUGUUGUUCAAGUACCGACUGUUAAAUGUUUUGUGUUCUAUGGAGUAAAUAAAGAAAACUAAGUGUAA